CACAGCUGAGUCUCAUUUCGCUUGUUGAUUCCUAUGAGCAACAAGUGAAAUGCUUUUCCAGCAUUUUUAUAUUAUUUUUAUUAUUUUACUUUUAUUAUUCUUUUUUAUAUUCACUGAUUCCGCUACUGUUCCUACAUUAAUAUGCCUGAAAUGUGCCAAAGAUUUUGAUAAAAUAAAGGAUGAGUUUAUGCACAUAUUUGACAAGGAACACAAGCUUGGAUCUCCCAAACUGGAUUUUAUUAAACCAGUUUUAAAAAAAGCAUUUACUGCUGCAUUUGAGGGAGUUAUUGCCAAGAUGGAAGAGAGGAGACUGGAUAAUCGAGGGAUAAAUGAAUUGGCCAACGAGUUUAGAAAAAUAAUGAAAUCUAUUAAAGAUUCUAAAUUGACAGCAACCGAACUUAUCAAGGCCAUAGAAUCCAACUUCCAAGAGCUUAAACGGAAAGCCGAUAUUAUUGCUCAAACGUUUGAGAGAGAACGUUCAUGCCCCAAUCUGAAAGGUGGCUUCAAAUGUGGAGUUCUUGAGCAGAAAAUUAUUCAGUGCGGCACAUGUAAAGAACAGACUCUGUUGUGUGUCGGAGGCUCCACUGAGAACAAAUGUGAAGAAAUUCUAUCCCACUGCCUGAUGUGUGUGUGUCGUGCAGGAGUAUGUCACCACAGAACAACUAAGCAACCGUGCCAACCUUGCAAGGGCUACCAGAAGUGCCUCAAUGAGGUGUUACAUUGUAAAGGUGAGUUGUGUUCUCUUUUGGGUCUUGGUAGGGUUCUGGCUGGGCCGAUAAUCAGUCAGCACUUGAGAGCAGCUCAUUCAUUUUUAUUGCAAUAUUUGUAUCUUAUAGAUCAGGAUCUCCGAGUUGCAGAAGGCGAAGAUCUAAAAUUUGACUGCAACCUGAAUUUUCUUAACAGCGUUGAUGAAAAGUUUGAAUUUGUUUUAGAAAAGAGAGAAGAAUUGGACGUCUCACUCAUGCAGACCUCCAACAAACCGGACAUCUUUAUACACAAAGCCAACAAGGAUGUUUCAGGCCGUUACAGCUGUACGGCAAAAUCCAAAGAUGCAAUGUUUCCGAUAAGCAGAGUGGAUUUUACAGUAAAAGUUGUGAGCCCACGGAAACCUGAAUCUCUGGACUCAGUUCCACCUCCUGCUAGAAAAAUGAAAGAUAAAUUUAGAGAUAACCAGAUGGCCCAGGUCACAGUGAUAUGUGCUACUGUUAUCAUUUUGGCGUUUACUGCAUCAGUAAUGACUUGCAUAUGGUAAGUGUGCUUUAAUUAACAUUGGGAAUUAGCCUGUGGCACAUGGAAUGAUUCUCAAGCAUUCCUCCUAUUAUUGAUACCUAAAAUGCAGUUUCUAAAUAUCCCAAAUCACCCCUUCCCAUUUUAUUCCAUGGGUAUGGCCUGAGAAUACUAGUACCGGCCCUUAAUGUUCACAGUCAGCUGAAAAGGGCCAAGCUGGUGCUUUCAUGCAAUUCCUAUUAAACACAAAGGGGGGUGGCAGGAGAGAAUGUUUUACUAGAAUUGAGCUUUAUGGGGAGCUGUGAGAAAUAAGGUUAGACCCCUUGGAAGAAGCCUCACACGACUGUUUUUGAUGUUUCAGUUUAUAUAUAAGAGAAAAACACAGAGCAGAAGAGGCUCAGGCCCAGAAGAAACCAACGGUACUGGAAGAAGUAAAGAUCUCAAUGGAUAGUGAGAAGCCGGAAACUAGAGAAAAAGCAACACAAACAGAUGUCUGAGGGCAACAGAUAUUCCUUUCCUCUAUGGCUGUACCCCAACGUCAUUCUGUUACGUGUAUCAGCGCAGGUUAAAUGCCACAGAAACCCUAAAUGAUCUUAUUCUGCCCUGAGUACUUACACAGCGCUCUCUCUUUAUACCCCCUUAUUCUAACACUCAGUUGGUGAGGAAGGGCGAUCGAGGGAUGGUGGGCGGGUUGGGAGUAUAAAGAGGGAGCAGACGCUGCUGUUGUGUAUUCAGAGCUGACAGAUCAGAAGAUCUAUAGAUGGAAAGAAGAUCUCUGUGAUUAUAAAAUGUAACUAUAAAAUGAGCCUGUCCCACCGCUCAUGGACAAGGAGCCAAUGGGGCCGAACCGUUACUUGUGUUGUGGACAUCGCAGAAGAGUGUAAAAAUCUUUGUUUUUGUCUAUAAAAAUACAAUAAAUUAUGUUUUUAUUUUA